AUGUCUGCCUACAAAGCCGCCGGUAUCACUUACCUCCAGUACACCAACAUCUGUGCUCGCGCUCUCCGCAACAGCUUGAACGAGAAGCUCCGUACUGCUGCCGCUCCUCUCAACCAGAACGGUCUCAAGUUCGCCAAGUGGGAAAACGGUCGUGCUUCCGAGCAGGCAAGUCUAUUUCUCGAAUUACUUCUUUUCAAAAUCUAG